AUGGCACCAGCAAAAUAUGAAUUUAAGCAACGGAAAAAUAUUCCAAUCAAAAAUAAAAAACAAUCUAAAAUAGUGAAACCACAAAAAAUAAAAAGCAAUCAAAAGAAAUUUGUGAAUCCUGCUACCGAAUCAAUGCAGUCGCAAGGGAAUCAAGGAAAGAAAUCGCUUGGCGUCAAGCGCAAACAAGAAGAUGUGGACAGCGGGGUGAAGAAGUUUAAGAAUAACAAGGAUCAAGCAAUACUUCGUGUGCAUAAUUCUAAUAACAAUAUUCAGAAAGAGAUCCAAUCUCUAGAUGCCAAGAAGAAGUCAGCUGUGAAGAUGGGAAAAGUCGAGACGUCAGAGCAGAAUACCGAUAUAAAGAAAAUUAAUAUUAAAUCAUCGCAUUGCUCUGAAAGUGUUGAGAAAAUUCCUUCAGCGCAGCAAGCUGCGGGAUGUCGGAAGAGAAAGAAUGAAAUAUUAAAACAACAGAAGUUGGGAAACGCUAAGCAAGAGUCAACUUGGCUAAAUCCAAGUAAACAAAAGAAUUUACAGAAGGUCGAGAACAUGGCCAACAGCAAAGAUAAUUUUACACAAUUGGAUAACGCCGAAAAGAUUCUUUUAGUACAGAAAGUUCGAUCUCGUCGUCGUAAGAAGCAAAAAAGCAUGUCGAAAAAUAAUUUGCAGGAAGCUGUGUCCCAGAUAGUUACUCAACUGUCUACAGUCAAGAACGGAUUUCCAAGUAACAAGAAUAGUUCAGAAGAGGUGGAAAAUAUGAAGCCAACUCAGCCGAAAUUGAUGGAGAAAUCGGACCAAAAAGCAAAGAAUGUAAAAGAGAUCGUUGUCAACCCGACAUCAGACACUUACUUAUUCGGAUCGCUUAAAGUAAAGCAAGGCGGAAUCCACAAGAAGGAUAAGCUAGAUGAUUGCUUGGAAAAUUUGAAAAAACAAAAUCUAAACAUUGUGCAAGAGCCAAUCCAUCAAAAAACUAAAUUUCUAAAGAAGAAAUCUGACACAUCGCUAGACGCAAAUCAAAAGCAGAAUGAACAGUUCAAUUGUGAAAAUAUUCCCAAAGAAAAUGGAGAUAUGGAGAAUUCAAAAAGAUCCAAGCCACAAAACCUUGCUCAGGAGCCAAUUAAACCGGUGGCAAUUGAAAAAUCUCAAUCUGGGUUAUUCCCGAAGAUUUCUCCUGAUAAGAAAGUGCAAAUUGGAAAACAGGAUAAAAAAACUAAUUUCGAGAAAAAAUCUAAAGAAAAGCAGGUCAAUUUCAGUGAAAAGUUUAAAAGCAUUUCACAGAAUCAAAUGGUUAAUAAUGUCGGACAAAAGAAAACUGAAGAAAAUAAGCAGAACAUUUUGAAUCAAGAUAACCUCGAAAAGAAAUCCGGAGGAUCCAGCCCAGAAAAUAUUGCCCAGAAGUCAAUCAAAGAGGGGGAGUCCGAUAGAUCGCAAUCUGGGUUUAAAAGCAAAGAAGCAUGA